AUGGCCCGGGCCGAGCGGCUGCGGAACAAGCUCGUGGAGCGCUGUGAGCGGAUCCAGCUGCAGAGCGCGGCCAUCGCCCGGCACGUGGACGAGGUGCUGCCUGCCAAAGACCAGGGCGUCCAGAGCGCGGCCAGCGCGGCGCGGGAGCUGGUGGUGCAGAGGCUGCUCCUGGUGGGGAAGGCCUGCGAGAACGAGGAGCAGCGGCUGCUGGAGAGGGUGCAUGCCGAGGAGGAGAGGGCACACCAGAGCAUCCUCACCCAGCAGGUGCACUGGACAGAGGCUCUGCACAAGCUGGGUGCCCUCCGCACCUACCUGGUGGACAUGAUCACCAACCUGGAUGACCAGGGCCUGCUGCGUGCAGAACAAGAGAUCUUCGAGAGGACAGAGCUGGCGGAGGGAAUCUUGGAGCCCCAGGAGUCCCUGAAGUUAAACUUUAAUCAGAGCUGUGUUCAGAGUCCACUGCUGCAUCGACUGUGGGCCUGUGCUGUGCUCUACUGCCUCACAGGCUCACAGGAGAUUCACAUCGAUGAGAAAACCCUGAGCCCUCACCUCAGCCUGUCAGAAGACAAGAGAACCCUGACCUUCAGCCCCAAGAAAGCAAAGGUGGACUCGGGCUGCCCCGAGCGCUUUGACCACUGGCCCAACGCUUUGGCCACUGCUCCUUUCCACUCGGGGGUGUGUGCCUGGAAGGUCAGCGUGGAGCAGAGCUGUGCCUACAAGCUGGGGGUGUGCUACAGCUCCGUGCCCAGGAAGGGCUCUGCCAACGAAGGCCGCCUGGGCUUCAACGCCGCCUCCUGGGUGUUCUCACGCUACGACAAAGAAUUCCGGUUCCUGCACGCGGGGCAGCCCCAGCCCGUGGAGCUGAUCAAGGCCCCGGCAGAGAUCGGGGUCCUGCUGGACUUUGCAGGGGGGGAGCUGCUCUUCUAUGACCCUGACUCCUGCACCAUCCUCUUCUCCCACCGCCAGGCCUUCCUGGAGCCCGUGUUCCCUGUCUUUGCCGUGGCACACCAGAGCAUCUCACUCGGCCCCCGUGUGUGA